AUGGUUUCAAAUUUUCAUUCUAACCUUUCAAAAGACCUUUCUUUAAUAUUAUAUGAUGCUGAUGAUUAUAAUGUUAUUAUUCAAGUUGGUGAUAAUGAAAAUAUAAAAGAAUUUCAUGCACAUUCAGUAAUUUUACGUGCUCGUUCUUCAUAUUUUAAAGGAGCAUUUUCAAAAGGAUGGAUUACAAAUGAGAAUAGUAUGAUUGUAUUCAAAAAACCAAAUAUUACUCCGAUAAUUUUCGAUAUGAUUUUAACAUAUAUUUAUACAGGUGAACUUGACUUAACAGAUGAUCUAGAUGAAGAUAUUCUUGGACUUUUAGUCGCAACUGACGAGUUACUUCUUGAAGAAUUAUUUAAUUAUGUUCAAGAUUAUUUAAUUAGAGAACGAUCAAUUUGGAUUCAUGAAAAUUUGGUUCAAGUUCUUCAUACUGUAUUUAAACUUGUAAGAUGUGAGAAAUUAAGAGAUUAUUGUUUCGAAUUAAUUUGUUUAGACCCUAAACCAUUUAUUACUUCAAAGGAGUUUUUAUCACUUGAUAAAGAUAUUCUUUAUGAUUUACUUGAACGAAGUGAUUUACAAAUUGAAGAAAUUGACGCUUGGGAUUAUUUAAUUAAAUGGGGUAUUAAACAAACUCCAAGUUUAAAAAGUAAAAAUGGAGAUAUAAUUAAAUGGAAUAAUAAGAAUUAUGAAGAAUUAAAAGAAUUAAAGAAAACUUUGAAUGAAUUUAUUCCACUUAUACGAUUUACAAAAAUUCCACCAGCCGAUUAUUUUGAUAAAGUAAGACCUUAUAAGAUGAUCAUACCUUAUAAUAUUAAUGAUGAAAUAGAAGAAUUUUAUUAUAAAGGUAAAUUACCAAAAAUUACAUCAUUUUCACCUAGAAAAAGAAUCAUUUUAAAAGUUGAAUCAAAGAUUAUACAAUCAACCCAAUUUAAUAUAAUUAAUAAUUGGAUUAAUAGAAAAAAUAAUUCAAUUGUUAUACUUAAUAAAAAUGAUAUAUUAAAUAAUUUUAAACUUAUUUAUCGUAAAAGUAGGGAUGGUAUUAAAAUUAUUAGAAAUAUAUGUAGUGGUCAAGGAUCUAUAUUAAUUUUAAUUAAACUUAAACAUUCGGAAGAAAUAUUUGGUGGUUAUAAUUCUAUUGGAUGGCCAAAAUGUAUUAGUAGAAAUAAAUAUUUAUUUUCUACAGAAAGUUUUAUAUUUUUAUUUGAAGAUAAGAAUGAUACACAAAAUAUGGUCAUUAAUCGUGUAGCUGUACCAUCAUGUGCAAUUUAUGAUUGUCCUAUAGUAAUUACCUUUGGUGCCGGUGAUUUAGAAUUGGAUUAUGAGUAUUUAUCUAUAUCUCCUAGUGGUUAUUAUGGUUUAAUUGAUGGUAAUGCUAUUGAUGGUGGGGAUAUAAAAUUUGAAGUUGAUGAUAUUGAAAUCUUUAGAGUAAAUUAGAGAUAUUUUCGUUAGCGUGAAGUCGGGACGCAUUUUUUACGUAAU